UUGGAUUGACGAACAACGAAUAAAUUAUAACACGGCUACUCGAGGGUAGUCUGUGGUGUCGUCGUCGCUCGAUGUCGAGUUGCGCACGCAUAGUUCCAUGCGCUGCUUUACGAGGGCGAUACGGCGCUGCAGCGGCGUCAGAUCUACGUCCCCGCCCCGCGCGGCCAACGAGUAGUCGGUGUGGCUCGAGGACCGGCGGAUGCUUUGGAUCUGUACACGCAUCGACGCUUCGUCCACCGCGUGCACGCGCGCUGGCGGCGGCAUCACGUCCCCCGUGUGCGUCGUUGACGGAAGCGACUGCAACACGUCCACCUGGCCAUACGCCGCAGCCAGUUGCCGAAUGCUUUCGCCCUUGGUGUUGGUGUGUCCAAAAUUCGCCCCUGCGGCCAAAAGCGCGUCUACGACCAUCGUGUGUCCGUGUAUGGUGGCCAUACCUAGUGGGGAGUUGCCGUCGCGCGUGCGACCGGCGUUCACGUCCGCGCCUUGCUCGAGGAGAUACUGCACGACUUCGAUGUGACCACCAACCGAUGCCACGAGGAGAGGUGUCACGAUCCUGUGCGACGACGACGUCGAUAGCGAUGGCAUCCGAUCAACGACGUCGGCGAUGUGCAACUUGGUCAGGCGACACAUGGUACGGAUGAUGUCGACGUUGGCGCCUUGUACGGAAAAGUUGACAAAGUGAUGGCGCAGGUCUUGGCGCGCCGAGUCGACCAACAAUCGCGCGGCAAUCGCCGACCAGUUCGAGACGACGAGGCGAUCGAACACUGCGAAGUCACCUGAUAAGCAUGCACUUGUGACGACAGCUUCCAUCUCCAACGAUGAGACUGCGGGGAGUUUAGCCUCCAUCAUGCGCACAGCAGGGUCGUCGCCGCGGACGAUGGCGGCAGCUACGGCGUCCAUGGUGGAUGGUUUGCCCGUUUCGUAAUGGAACAAGAG